CUAAUAUAGUUUUAUUUGUGAAAAUGAGCUGAAUAAGUUGAAAUGAAUUAAAUAAGGAUUCCAGGCGACGUCGUUUCAAAAUAAUCGAAACAACUUCCGGUUUGUUUAUUUGUAUCCAAUCAAUAAAGUUUUCUGUUGAAUCCCGAGCUCAGCUGCUGUUAGGGUGAAACAUGGCAGCCGACCAGACCAGCAUCGUAGUUCCUCCUUCUCUGUCAGCUAAAGUGGUUGGGUCAUUCGCGUAUUUGACAGUGAAAGACCGGCUGCCUACAAUCCUCACAAAGGUUAUUGACACAAUUCAUCGCAAUAAAAACAAGUUUUUCGAGGAAUAUGGAGAGGAGGGGAUCCAAGCGGAGAAGCAAACCAUCUCCUUGCUGUCCAAGCUAAGAAAUGAGUUGCAAACAGACAAACCCAUAGUCGCUCUGAACGAUGGGCUGGCGGAUGCGGACUCUUGGAACCGAUACCUGCUGAGGCAACAGGGCCUGCAGGGGGACCAGGAAGUGGUCAGCUGGUUCAAGUCUCCGUGGCUGUUUGUGGAGUGCUACAUGUACCGCAAGAUACAAGAGGCCCUCUGGCUCAACCCACCCAUCAGCGAUUAUGAUGUUUUCAAUGAGGGGAAGACUCAGAGCUUCUUUGAGUCGCAGCAGGCCAUCAUGACCUUAUGCACAUACUUUGAGGGCAUCAGCAAGAACAUAGAUGACAUCUCUGAACAUCACCUGCAGCUGCAUUUCAACCAGCUACUUAAGGUUUCUCUAUGGGGAAACAAAUGUGAUCUAUCUAUCUCUGCUGGGAUGGAGAAUUCCCAGAAGUCCAGUCCCAUCGACUCCCUCGUCAGCCUGCAGCCUUUCAUCUUAGUGGACCACUCCGACGCAGUGUGGUCGACCCUCAUUUCUACCCGUCGACAACAGUCGGGGAAAGCGUGCUCCACCCGAGUGGAUAUUGUUCUCGACAACGCCGGCUUUGAGUUAGUGACCGACUUGGUCCUCGCCGAUUUCCUUGUGUCCUCCGGUCUGGCCCACGAGGUCCGCUUCCUCGGCAAAUCCUUCCCGUGGUUUGUCUCUGAUGUGACCUCCAAUGAUUUUCAUUGGACCAUUCGACAGACUAUGGCGGCCAAUCACAAGUGGAUGUCUCAGAGGGGUGUGCAGUGGCAACGCUACGUGAAGGAAGGAGUGUGGUCCUAUCACGACCACCCCUUCUGGACACAACCACACGAGUUCUGUGAUAUGGCAACCGAGGCGCCAGAUCUGUAUGCCACUCUGCAGGAGGCAAACCUGGUGCUGUUUAAAGGUGAUCUCAACUACAGAAAGCUGGCAGGGGAUCGGGACUGGGACCAUACGGCAGGCUUUGAAGCCGCACUGAGGGGUUUUGGACCGGCCCCUCUGUGUAGCUUAAGGACUCUAAAGGCUAAUAUUCAAGUGGGCCUACAGCCAGGCCAGGGGAGCAAGCUCAGCUCCCAGGAUCCAGACUGGAUGACCAGUGGCAAGUACGCUGUGAUUCAGUUCUACAGUCCCAAUUCAGAACAAUGAGACUGACUUGAAGCCUUUGGACCUUGUUUCAUACAGAAAGCACUUAAAUAUCAUGUUUGGAUUUCUCUCAGGAUGUCAGCUUCUUUCCUUUUAACAAAUCGUGAUUCUUAACUAGAAGUGCCAAUUGGAGGGGCAAAGCUACCUGCAAAGGUUGAAUCGGAACAUUUAACCAUUGCGGACUACCAUGACCCGGAUGACUAAGAACCUACACAGACAAUUGGAGGGUUCUUCAUUGCAAAAAAGCGGGAAAAUACUGUAUUUUUGACGACUCAAAGUGAAAACAUUGCACAUCCCAACACGGCACGUAUCGCUACACAAAGUUAGUGAAAUACAACCAACCCAGAACCAGAUUAAAGAGGGGAGGAAAAAAAAGCAUGAAAUGUAAAAUUUAUAGUCUGAAUGUUACCAGGUUAAUAAACCUGACAAAUUAAGCUUAAUAUUGUUUAAUACAGGAGCCAUAUCUCAUAACAAUUUAGUAGGAUUCUGUAUAGGAAUUAAUAUACUGUAUUUUGUACACUUGUUUUGGUUGUUGGGUGCAGUAUGGCUUGAAAAUGUUUUUUUUUUUGUCCGACUAAAUUCCUGUGACAUGUCGACAGGUGAGAAGGAUUCUAAACUUCCAUUACCUUGUUUUGCAUUCAGGUAAACACAAGGAUAGUGUUAUGUACUUACACAACAACUGGAUGCAAUAAAGGCAAGUGUGUGUGCCUCAUAUUUGUUUUUUGUUUUUUUUGUUGUUUGCACAGUGAUGCGAUUAUUGUCUUAGUUUGUAGCUCGUUCUGGAUUCCUGGCAAGAUCUUAUCAUUCUAAUGAAUGGCUUUUCAUCAAACAAAG